UUUAUCAUAAGAAUUUACUGUAAUGCGACAGUAAUGUGAUAAUAACUACUCUUACUCGUAAUUUUCCGCUCAUUUUAACCCCGCCCAGCCUCCCCUCUCUCCGGACCGUCGGGUCAGCUGUUUUUACACUUUGCCUCCCUGCAGCCCCCGGAACAUCUCUCUACCUCAACAUGUUACAGUGAACCGGCUCUGAUCAGCUCCUCCAGGGGGGAAACUUUCAGUAUACUUUCGUUUAUUCUUUCUUCUUCUGCGACUCCAGAGGAGCAACAGGUGUUCCGUCGAUACGAGCAGGGUGUUUGGUCCAGCGGUCCUCUUCCGUCUGUAUUCUACCUUUCUCUCCUCCAUCCAUCGCCCAGCCAUGUCAGGGGACAUUGUGCAGCGGCUCAGUGCUUUGACGUUAAGCAUCAAACACCUUGGCAGCUACCCCCGGUUCUUGGACCUCAUCCCUUCCUCAGUUCCAUCCCCCAGCCCCACCGUUGCCGCUUCCCAGGUCCCCAGCCUGUUCAGAGAGCCUUACAUCCUGUCAGGCUACCGUCCGGUCCAACAGGACUGGCGCUGCUACCUCCUCAGCCUCUUUCAGAGACACAAUGAAUCCCUGAACGUGUGGACUCACUUGUUGGCAGGUCCUGUGCUGCUGCUCCGCUGGUGGGCCAACGUAAGCACUCUGGGGUACACCUUGGACACAGCCUCUCUACCUCUGACCAUCUUUCUUGGGUCUUCGCUCAUCUAUCUGUUUUUCAGUGUGGCAGCUCACCUCAUGCAGUCUCACUCUGAACGUGCACACUACUUCUUCUUCUUCAUUGACUAUGUGGGUGUUGCUUCGUAUCAGUAUGGUUGCUCACUUGGACAUUAUUUCUACGCAUCAGAGCCGGCAUGGAGAGAAAGCUGCAUAGGGCUUCUGUUUCUACCUGGAGCUGCAUUAUUUGGGUGGCUUUCCUGUGCGGGCUGCUGCUUUGCUAAGGCCAGGUACCGGCGGCCAUAUCCAUUGCAGCGCAAAAUCUGCCAGCUGAUCCCUACCACCUUAGCAUACCUGCUGGACAUCAGCCCUAUAGUGCACCGCCUGUUCACUGUCUCCUGGACACAGGAACCGUCGCUGCCUUUCCAUGCCCUCCAGAUCAUCUCUUUCCUUCUGUCUGCCCUCUUCUUCUCCUGUCCCAUCCCUGAGCGUUUCUUUCCGGGCCACUGUGACUUUGUGGGUCAGGGUCACCAGAUCUUCCACCUGUUUCUGUCCCUGUGCACCCUGUUCCAGCUUGAGGCUCUGUUCCAGGACUACGCCAGGAGAAGGAAUACAGUGGUGGAGGUAUUUGGAGAGAGGCAGCUGUGGUGGGCUUGUGUAUCCUUCCCAGCCCUGUUCCUGUGCUGCAUCCUGACAGCAUUCGUCACGAUGAGGCACGUGGCUAAGCAACUGCAGGGUAAACAAGAGAAGUGACAAGUGUGCGUGUGUGUGUGAGUGAAAGAGAUAGAUAGGGGUUGGGUUGAAAUGUACCAAAUUUUAUUAUUAUUUAUAAUAUUACAACUAAUAAA